AUGGAACUAAACCUCGCUUCUACCUCAUCCUCUAAGCCGCAUCUGCGAGGUCCCUCGAACAACAAAGGAAAAGCGAAGGGGAGUUGGCGGAAGCGACGUCGAGAGCAAGUCAUCCAGCGAGUGCACGCUCAGAAGAGGCAACGCCCGUCUAAUCGUUCGCAGCCAAAGUCAACGGCGUUCAGGCUUCAGGCAGAUGAAUUUUCGAGCGGAAUAGACAAGGAAAAUCUUGCGAAUGCCGUGGGCAGCGCCACGCCUGCGAAAGCAAAGGCAGCCAACGCACCCGGCAAGGUCAGACCGAGCUCUUCUGAUAGUGUAGCCAAGCUUCCAAAUUUAAUCACUGUCGGAGGGAGCGAUGCGGAUGAAAAGCAGAAGAAAGAAAGGGAACUGCCGAAGAAGUCAAAGGUCCACUUCAAGGAUACAGCGCCUGUUGCGGAUAAACCGGACCAGAGGCCUGAAACAGUGAACGCAACACUUGACAUUCUCGGAAGAGACCCUAUUCGCAUCUCUGAAGGAAAAGAAAGCCAAACGAGUGGCACAGCUCCGACUGACCCGAGCGGCGCGACGAAAACCAGUAAAGAGGAUGACAUGUUUGGUAUCAGUUCAUUUGAGGAAACAGGGCUGUAUCCGUCCGUGGCGCGGCACCUCACCAAUCGCAUGCAGCUUGAAUUCCCAACCCUCAUUCAGGAGAAAGUGCUCAAGGCAAUGUUAAACCUUGGUAAUGGCCAAAACUCAAUCGAUGUGCUCGUCCGCAGUGCAACUGGAUCUGGGAAAACGCUUGCAUAUUUGCUCCCCAUAGCUCAUUACUUGUUGAAUAGGUCUCGGCGAGUGACACGAGAAAAGGGUUCCUUGGGCGUCAUUAUCGUGCCAACGCGCGAGCUUGCGGACCAAGUUGAGGAAGUCGCGGAGAGAGUGUUUCGGCCAUGGCAUUGGAUUGUCGUUGGAUGCGUACGAGGUGGAGAGAGCAAGCACAGGGAAAAGGCGCGCCUCAGAAAGGGAGUCAAUGUUCUUGUGGCAACACCUGGGCGGCUGUUGGACCAUAUGCGAAACACUAGGAGUUUCACGUACGAGCACUGCGAGUUUCUCGUGCUUGACGAGGCGGAUCGCUUACUGGACCUCGGGUUUGAAGCCGCGAUAAAAGAGGUCAUUGAGAACCUCGACACCCAAGCCAAGCGUGUGAAUCCGGAAGUUGGUCCUGUUCGUUCCAACAUUCUCUUGUCCGCCACACUGCGGAAUGACGUGGAGAAGCUGGCGGAAUUUUCCCUCAAAAGCCCUGUUGAAAUCUCUGUCGGCCAGGGUCAUGACACCAAAUCUUCGUUUGCUAUGCCGAUGCAGCUCCGGCAGCAUUUCUGCAUCGUAGAACAGAGACAUAGACUCGUCACGCUGGCGUCAUUAUUGAGGCUUCGCUCGUUGAAAGGAAUGUCUAAGGACUCGCUGAAGAAUGAAGAGCACGACGGGCCCCCCUGUAAGAUCAUUGUGUUUUUCAGCACAUGUGAUUCUGUUGACUUUCACUACGACCUCCUGAGAAAAGCGUCGCUUCCAAAGGAACUUCAAAAGGACCAAGCGGUGGAUUUAAAGGAAAAAUUAUUGCCGCUCAAGGUACUUCGGAUACACGGCAAUCACACACAGUCGGAUAGAGUGGAAGCUUUGCGAACGUUUCGAAGAAGUGAGCGAGCCGUGCUAUUCUGUACAGAUGUUGCGGCCCGAGGUCUUGACUUGAAGGGACUCACCUUUGCCAUUCAAUAUGACCCUCCUACUGGUGGGCAGGGUGAGGAGCUGGAGUAUUUACACAGGGCUGGACGAACGGCAAGGAUUGGGGCGCAAGGUGAUGCGCUACUCUUUCUACUACCGUCCGAGAGGGCAUAUAUAGGAAAGCUCGAAACCAAAGGUGUUUCGAUUUCGGAAGUCUCCGGAUCCGCCGCAAUGGCAGCGCUCUAUCCAAAAGUCAUUUUGUCAAGACAAGAAAGUAUAUCUUACGGCACUAGAUUGGUUACAUCUGUCUUGCAAGAGUCAUUUGAGAAUAUCGUGAAAGAAGACGGGGAGCUUAAGGGGCAGGCUGUUUCGGGGUUUCAAGCUUACUGUCGAGCAUACGCAACUCAUGCAAGGGACGUACGGUACUUCUUCCAUGUUCGUAACUUGCACUUGGGGCAUGUGGCUCGAGCCUUCGUGCUCGGUGACAAACCCGCAGAAUUAAGCCAGAUGAUGUCAGAAUUAAAGGCCGCGAGGACUACCAUCGAGGCCGAUCAACAAGGGAGCGUGAAGAAGUCCGAAACCAAGAAGAAAGGUGAUAUUGCCAGAGCUAUCGCUGAAGGAGAGAAACAGCCAUAUAAUGACCAACAAAGUGCAUUGGCCCGCAGGCGAAGGGAAAGGGGACGGGGUCAAGAGUCGUUCAAGGAGCUCGCGAUGGAGUUUGGGGCGUAA